AUGAACACGCAAGGGAAGCCUCGUCUCGCUAAAUUCUAUGAAUUUCGGCCUGUGGAAAAGCAGCAGGAAAUUAUUCGAAAUGUGUUUGCAGUCUUAUGCAGUAGACCUGAACAUGUCAGCAAUUUUGUGGAUGCUGAGUCCAUCUUUGGCGCGGAUGCUCGACUUGUCUACAAGCACUUUGCAACUCUAUACUUUGUGCUCAUAUUUGAUGGUUCUGAAAAUGAGCUUGCUAUGCUUGAUUUGAUUCAAGUCUUUGUUGAAACACUGGACAAAUGCUUCAGAAAUGUAUGUGAGCUUGAUGUCGUGUUCAACUACAGUAAGAUGCAUACUAUACUAGAUGAGAUUAUUUUCGGAGGUCAGGUGUUAGAGACAAGUUCAACUGAGGUUAUGAAGGCUGUUGAAGAAAUAUCAAAGCUUGAAGCCGCAUCCAGUGCAAUCAAUCUUGUUUCGAAGUCUGUUUCUAGUUGGAGGUCGCGAUAG